UCAUAUUCACUUCACUAGAAAAUUCAAACACUGGCAACACAAGUCAAAAGAUGGCAAAAUUCAGCCUUUAUCUUCUUCUCCUCUUAUCUUCCCAAUACAUGCUUGUCAUAGCAAACUCUGAUCCCACAAACUUCAUCAAGACCUCAUGCAGAGCCACUCGGUACCCCGCCUUGUGCAUCCAUUCCCUCUUAACUUACGCAACUACAAUCCGAAAAAGCGAGCUCCAACUAGCACAAGUUGCCUUGGGUAUAAGCCUAUCACGAGCUCGAUCCGCCUCGAGUUUUAUUUCCAAGUUGGCUAAGAGGCGGGGCACAAAAUCGAGGGAAUAUCGAGCUACCAAAGAUUGCAUAGAAAUAAUGGGAGACACGGUCUAUCAAUUAAGCCGUUCUAUCAAGGAACUAGGGGGGAUGCGGCGCCGUUUCAAUGGCCAGGAUUUUGCGUGGCAUGUUAGUAACGUACAGACAUGGGUUAGCGCCGCUCUAACGAAUGAGAACACUUGCAUCGAUGGAUUUUCUGGGCCGGCCAUGAAUGGAAAUGCGAAGGUUGCAAUAAGGAAAAGGGUACUAAAUGUUGCACAAGUUACUAGUAAUGCACUUGCUUUGGUUAAUCGGUUUGCAGAUAGACAUGGAGGUGAAGAAACCACAAAUUUGCCUUGAGAAUUUGAGAUCUUGUUAAGUGGUUGUUUUUGUGUGUAAAUGUUGUUAGUUAAAAUCCUCGUGUCUAGUUCAUGUGUUUGGGUGUACAACUCAUGUAGCUGCUAAGUCCAGCAAAAGGGUUGUGUUGUAAAUGGAAAUCACCUUCCUUAAACAAGACUUGUUCUGCAUUUUGUUCGACU